AUGGCACCACCGACCCACCGACCCUCCAUGGCUGCACCACCCACCCACCUCCCGACCCUCCACUGCACCAUCCAGCUCACCGACCCCUGCCCCUUAAUGGCACCACCACCCACCGACCUCCCAAUGGCACCACCACCCACCGACCUCCCAAUGGCACCACCACCCACCGACCCUCCACUGGCACCACCACCCACCGACCUCAAUGGCACCACCACCCACCGACCCUCCACUGGCACCACCACCCACCGACCCUCCACUGGCACCACCACCCGCCGACCCCUCAAUGGCACCACCACCCACCGACCCUCCACUGUCACCACCACCCACCGACCCUCCACUGUCACCACCAUCCACCGCCACCCUCCACUGCACCACCACCACAACCCUCCACUGUCACCACCACCCACCGACCCUCAAUGGCACCACCACCCACCGACCCUCCACUGGUCACCACCACCCACCGACCCUCCACUGGCACCACCACCCACCGACCCCUCAAUGGCACCACCACCCAUCGACCCUCCACCAGCAUCACCACCCACCGACCGCCCAAUGGCACCAUCACCCACUGACCCUCCACUGGCACCACCACCCACCGACCUCCCAAUGUCACUACCACCCACUGACCCUCCACUGGCAUCACCACCCACCGACCCUCCAACAACGCCACCACCAACCAACCCUCCACCAUCAUCACCACCAACCUAUGCCACCACCCACCAACCCUCCACCAAAUUACCAUCCACCACCACGACCUGCCACCACUCCACCGAUCACCACCGCCGAUUCCACCACCAACCCUCCACCAAAUUACCACCCAUCGAAGACCCACCGACGCCACUGCCCACCGACCUCCCACUAGCAUCACCACCCACCGACCUCCCACCAGCAUCACCACCCACUGACCUCCCACCAGCAUCACCACCCACCGACCUCCCACCAGCAUCACCACCCACCGACCUCCCACCAGCGUCACCACCCACUGACCUCCCACCAGCAUCACCACCCACUGACCUCCCACCAGCAUCACCACCCACCGACCUUCCACCAGCAUCACCACCCACGACCUUUCCACCAAGCAUCCACCACCCACCGACCUCCCACCCGCAUCACCACACUGAACUCCCGAUCCCCAACUCACACCCACGACCUCCACCACAGCACACACACGACUCCCACCAGCAUCACCACCCACCGACCUCCCACCAGCAUCACCACCCACUGACCUCCACAGCAUCACCACCCACCGACCUCCCACCAGCACCACUGUCCACUGACCCUCUACCAACACCACCACCCACCGACCCUACACCAAAUUACCACCCACCGAAGCCCCACCGACCCCACCACCCACCGACCUCCCACCAGCACCACCACCCACUUACCCUCCACUGGCAUCACCACCCACCGACCCUCCGCCUGCAUCAUCACCCACUGAUCCCACCACCCACUGACCCUCCACUGCCAUCACCACCCACCAACACUCAACUGACGCCACCACCCACCGACCCACCACCAGCAUCACCACCCACCAAAGCCCCAACGACGCCACCACCCACCAACCUCCCGCCAGUACCACCACCCACUGACCCUCCACUGGCAUCACCACCCACCGACCCUCCACCAGCAUCACCACCCACCAACGCCCGACCAAUGCCACCACCCACCAACCUCCCACCGGCACCACCACCCACCGACCCUUCACCCACUGACCCUCCACCAGCAUCACCACCCACCAAUACCCCACCGACGCCACUACCCACCAACGCCCCACCAGCAUCACCACCCAUCUAUAUUCCACUGUUGCCACUACCCACCGACCCCCCACUGGCAUCACCACCCAACGACGCCACCACCCACCGACCCUCCACCAGCAUCACCACCCACCAACACCCCACCGACGCCCCACCGACGCCACUACCCACCAGCGGAUUCUGGAAUCCCCUCACACUGUGGAGAUGUCUGGGAGUUGAAGCAGUGAUCAAAUGA